AUGUCGGGCCCCAUUAUUUCAGAAUGCGCGCUGAUGCAAGAGGAAGAGCUACAGGUUCUCGAGUCAAUAUAUCCGGACUGUGUUCUUCCUUCAGGCGACGCCUCCGGAAGCAUCAAGAAGCUCGAAGUUCUCAUCGAGCUCGGCGACCGUACGUCCGUUCACAUUGUCGACGAUGGCAGCGCACACACCAUCGCGGGCCCCUCGCAGAGUACGACUGGUCAUGUUCCGCCCGAGAUACUUUCACUAUCCUCUCUGCCAUCGAUACUUCUAGAGGUUUAUCUCCCUCCGAAAUACCCACUGGGCCAAGCUCCGCAAAUCAAUUCUUUGCAUAUCUCACACGACUGGUUUACAAACCCCGCAUCCCUGCGCAAGCAGCUGUUGGACAUGUACCAACUUGGCGAAGGCGUGCUGUAUACUUGGGUGGAGCGGCUUAGAAGUGGAGAGUUUCUGAAGGACCUUGGCCUGUAUGUACACAUGAACGGAGAGGAGUUCUUACGUAUACCUCAUCCAAUGCCUCGCUUACUCGCUCCGAGACUGAUCGCGAAUGACACUGCACAACAGACUUCCCAGUUCUCUCAGCACUCGUAUGAGUGUACUGUGUGCUUCAACUCACGCAAAGGCUCGCGCUGCCUAUCACUCAGCUGUGGCCACAUCUUCUGCCGCGAAUGCCUGGAGGACGGAUGGAAACUGUAUAUUGCCGAGGGGGACAUAUCGCGUGUGGGCUGUCUUGAUCCAGCUUGCGUGAAGGAGGGCCUAGAAGCGAAUGAAGAGGAAGUACGGCGUGUGGUCACGGAAGAGGAAGUUCGACGGUGGCUUUGGCUACGCCAGAAGCGCGUCUUUGAACGAGAUCCACAGACGGUUCAUUGUCCGAUGGCGCUGUGUCAAGCGCCCGUACCGAAACCGGUUGAUCUGAUUGAUGAUGGAUCGGGAUGGGAGCGACUCCGGACGUGCCCUGCGUGCAGCUACUCGUUCUGCGCGUUCUGUAAGAGAACUUGGCAUGGGUCUUUGACGGAUUGCCCUAUACCCCUCUCCGAGAAGGUCAUCGCCGAAUAUUCAUCAAGCAGCGACGGCUCGACAGAACGGAAAAACCUAGAGUUGCGUUAUGGAGCCAGGAACUUGGCCAAGCUGGUUGCCAGAUGGCAAGAGGAGAAGGCCAAUCGUGAAUACUUUGAGGAAAAUAGCACCAGCUGUCCUCACUGCUCGGUGCGCGUACAAAAGAGCCAUGGCUGCAAUCACAUGACAUGUGCUAAGUGCAAGACCCACUUCUGUUACCGAUGCGGACAACGUUUGCAGCCGAACAAUCCCUAUGCUCAUUUUUCCACGCCGAACUUGCCCUGUUACCAGCAGUUGUUUGAUCAGAGCGAGCUGGAUACGCAUGAUUGGCAGCCUGUAGAAUUACUUGAUAUUGCGUUCGAGGGCGAGUAG